AUGGCAGGCGGAGGCCGCGCGCGGGAGCGAGGGAGCUGUGGUCUCCGCACUGGCCCGGCCCUUAGCUUCGGGUGCUCCGGCAGCGGCAGCUCGGCAGCCGGUGGUUGGGGAGGGGGGGGUGGGGGGGCGCUAAGGCAGGUGGGGCGCGUAAGCGAUGAAUUUUCGGCUCUUCCUCCUCCUCCUCCGGGACCCGCUCUCCGCCUCCCGCUCCAACGCCCGGAUGAUCUGAGCCGCGAGGGCGCCGAGAGCCGGGGGCCCGGACGCAGCCCGGCUCCUCCCCUCCUCCGCCCCCUCCCCGGCCUGACCUGGCCGGCCGCCGCCGCGGUGACCCCCUUCCCGCCCCCUCCCCGGCCGCCGCAGCCUCGGCCGACCAGGGACCUGCCUGCCCGCGGCUGCUCCGGCAAUAGUUGGCUGUUUGACCAAGAUUCUACAAAUUACUCAGAAUCCCAGGAGAUUGUGUUGUGACUCAUGUGAUGACUUGGCCCUCAAGUCUACAUUACUAGGCUUACUCAAGUAAAGACCAACCUAAAUCCUGACCAUCUUCCUGCCUUGU